AUGGGCAGAGAGUACAGGUGCCCCCUACACACAGAGAACAGGAUGAGAACGCUAUUUAGCUUAGUACGCAAAGAGGACAUGGGCAGAGAGUACAGGUGCCCCCCACACACAGAGAACAGGAUGAGAACGCUAUUUAGCUUAGUACGCAAAGAGGACAUGGGCAGAGAGUACAGGUGCCCCCUACACACAGAGAACAGGAUGAGAACGCUAUUUAGCUUAGUACGCAAAGAGGACAUGGGCAGAGAGCACAGGUGCCCCCCACACACAGAGAACAGGAUGAGAACGCUAUUUAGCUUAGUACGCAAAGAGGACAUGGGCAGAGAGUACAGGUGCCCCCUACACACAGAGAACAGGAUGAGAACGCUAUUUAGCUUAGUACGCAAAGAGGACAUGGGCAGAGAGUACAGGUGCCCCCCACACACAGAGAACAGGAUGAGAACGCUAUUUAGCUUAGUACGCAAAGAGGACAUGGGCAGAGAGCACAGGUGCCCCCCACACACAGAGAACAGGAUGAGAACGCUAUUUAGCUUAGUACGCAAAGAGGACAUGGGCAGAGAGUACAGGUGCCCCCUACACACAGAGAACAGGAUGAGAACGCUAUUUAGCUUAGUACGCAAAGAGGACAUGGGCAGAGAGUACAGGUGCCCCCCACACACAGAGAACAGGAUGAGAACGCUAUUUAGCUUAGUACGCAAAGAGGACAUGGGCAGAGAGUACAGGUGCCCCCCACACACAGAGAACAGGAUGAGAACGCUAUUUGGCUUAGUACGCAAAGACGACAUGGGCAGAGAGCACAGGUGCCCCCCACACACAGAGAACAGGAUGAGAACGCUAUUUAGCUUAGUACGCAAAGAGGACAUGGGCACAGAGCACAGGUGCCCCCUACACACAGAGAACAGGAUGAGAACGCUAUUUAGCUUAGUACGCAAAGAGGACAUGGGCAGAGAGCACAGGUGCCCCCCACACACAGAGAACAGGAUGAGAACGCUAUUUAGCUUAGUACGCAAAGAGGACAUGGGCACAGAGCACAGGUGCCCCCUGCACACAGAGAACAGGAUGAGAACGCUAUUUAACUUAUUACGCAAAGAGGACAUGGGCACAGAGCACAGGUGCCCCCUACACACAGAGAACUUGAUGAGAACGCUAUUUUGCUUAGUACACAAAGAGGACAUGGGCAGAGAGCACAGGUGCCCCCCACACACAGAGAACAGGAUGAGAACGCUAUUUAGCUUAGUACGCAAAGAGGACAUGGGCAGAGAGUACAGGUGCCCCCCACACACAGAGAACAGGAUGAGAACGCUAUUUAGCUUAGUACGCAAAGAGGACAUGGGCACAGAGCACAGGUGCCCCCUACACACAGAGAACAGGAUGAGAACGCUAUUUAGCUUAGUACGCAAAGAGGACAUGGGCAGAGAGUACAGGUGCCCCCUACACACAGAGAACAGGAUGAGAACGCUAUUUAGCUUAGUACGCAAAGAGGACAUGGGCAGAGAGCACAGGUGCCCCCUACACACAGAGAACAGGAUGAGAACGCUAUUUAGCUUAGUACGCAAAGAGGACAUGGGCAGAGAGCACAGGUGCACACAGAGAACAGGAUGA